GAGAGGGAAGUGGCGUUUCUAAGAGGAGGGGGCGUUGGCCCGCCCGGAAGUGAAAUCGGCCGCUCGCCGAACCGAGAUGCUACUGUCGGGGCAGAGCUGGUGGUGCUAGGCCUAGCCGGGUCGUGCAGCUGGGCGUGGGGCGAGAAAGAAGAAAGGAUCCUCCAUGGGGAGAGAGAGAAAACAGAAGUAGGUGAGGGGCAGAGGAAGAGAGAACCUCAGGCAGGCUCCACACGCAGUGCAGAGCCUGAUGUGGGGCUCGAUCUCACAACUGUGAGUUCAUGACCUGAGCUGAAAUCAAGAGUCAGUCAGUUGCUUAUCCUACUGAGCCACCCAAGGUGCCCCUAAAACUAUAACUUUCUUUUGGGUACUGGUUUGGCCAUGUCCCACAAUUUUGCCUUGUGUGGUUUAUAUCAGUCAGUUUUAAUAUUUAAUAUCUUUUGUAAUUUCCAUUUUAACCCAUGAGGUAUUUAGCUUCCUAACAUAGGAUUCCUUUUAACUAACCUUUAAUAUCUACUUUACUGCAUUUUGGUCAGAGAAUUUAGUCUGAAUGAAAUUGACCCUUUGGAAUUUAGUUACACUUUUAAACCUAACACAUGAUCUAUUUUCAUGUGUGUGUAUGUGCACUCUCAAGUAUCUAUUCUGUUUGGUAUAGAGUUCUGAAUAUUUAUAUAAUAAUAAAGUAUAUUAAUAUUUUGACUUUUUCAGGCUUCUUAUAUCCCUGCUUAAUAUUUCCCCCUCAGUUCUAUGAGUUGUUACUUAAGAAAUUUUGAGGUUGUGCUUUCAGGAUCAUAUAUACCUCAUAUAUGUUUAUGAUGAGUACUAUAUAAUUUUAUGCUGUUCCUUUCACUGGUAUUAAUGUCUAUAUUUGUCCCUUGUGUUUUUUGACUUGAAAUCUUUUUUUGAUGGGUAUUAAGAUUGCUAUCUCAACUUUAUUUUGGUCCACAGUUGCCUGAUACAUCUUUUUUCAUUCUUUUAUUUUUUACUUUUCUGUGUCUUUUUGCUUUGAAGUAUCUUUUGUUAGUUGCAUGUUAUUGAAUUUUAUUUUGUUUUUCUAAUCCAGGCUGAAUGUCUGUCUUUUUAACUGUGAGUUUUAACAUGUUUACAUUCAUUGUAAUUCCUACUAUAUUAAGAUUUACACCUGCCAUCUUCUCUCAUAUCUGUUGAGUAUGGUUAUAUGACCACAACCUCUGGGGUCCCAGCAAGAAUCCUAACGUCUAACAGCUCUGUAACCAAGACAGUUCCCCUAAAACUAAUCCCAACAAACCCAUCUAAAGGAAAACAGCAACAACAACAGUACCACCGCCUUUUAUAGCUCUCUAUCUGGAGUUUCGAGUUUGGAGCAUAAAGGAACUACUUUUGUGGGAGUAAUUUUCUGGGCUAGAACAGCAUACAAAAAAUAAACUGACCCAGAUAUUAACCAAUAAAUGAUUAAAAUGACCCCAGUCUCUCCCAAUAGAAAAAUCUGCCUAAGACUAGGAGAUAAAGAUGGGAAAGCUCAGUAAACCUUCUUGGUCAGCAUCCAUGUUCUUAGAUACAGACAAUAAUAUAACCUAUUGCUUUCGGACUUUAAUAUCAUUUCUCUAGUCUUCUCAUUCACAGGUUAAAGCUACCUUUCCAGAUAUUUCAACUAAGUCACCAGUUUCCAAGGGCAUUUGCCACCUACGGAAAACAUCAGAUUCGAGUACACCAGAUGUCCUUGACAACUCAUCCCACCACAAAAUUUGCUCCACCAGCGGACAACAAAGGCAACCACUGUGUUUCUUUCCAUUACCAAGUAGAUAUAAUAUCCCUGCCAACAAGACAGAAUACACAAAGUGUCUCCUCGCAGUAUCAUAACCAGUUGAGACCACACUAAGAAAGUCAGCUUGCCUGGAGGAAGACCCCUUCCCUUCUUGGGUAGACACAGUUUGAAGGAGAAACUCUGACCUGUGCCACUGGUAAGUGACUUAACACUUUUACACACUGAACUGGUCCUGAGAACUGAGAUACCUUCUUUGUAAGUGAAGAAUAUACAACAUAAUCUUGAAGAACUGCACAGUGAUAGGAGCCAGAGGCAUACUGUGUGUGUAUAAUGGACUGACAAGUUAAUCUUGUUGAAGGAUUCUUCAUCUUUUGUUUCUAUUUGAUAGUUUUAGUAUUUUGCUGGCUUAGAUUGUUACCUUUUUCUGGUUUCUUCCUCCGUUCUAAUCUAAUGGGUCCCAGGAAUCCCUCUCCUGACCCCUUAUCAGAAUCAGAAAGUGAGGAAGAAGAAAACGCUAACUACCUAAAUGAGAGUUCUGGGCAAGAGUGGGAUUCCUCUGAAGAAGAAGACCCUGUGGUGCCCAACCUGACACCUCUUGAGAGUCUUGCCUGGCAGGUUAAGUGCCUUUUAAAAUACUCUACAACUUGGAAACCUUUAAAUCCUAAUUCCUGGUUAUAUCAUGCUAAACUCUUAGAUCCAAGCACACCAGUCCAUAUACUUCGAGAGAUAGGUCUAAGACUCUCUCAUUGCUCCCACUGUGUACCCAGACUGGAACCAAUUCCUGAAUGGCCUCCUCUGGCUUCUUGUGGAGUCCCGCCUUUUCAAAAGCCCCUUACAAAUCCCAGCCGGCUUUCUAGAGAUCAUGCCACUCUAAAUGGGGCACUGCAAUUUGCCACCAAACAGUUAAGCCGAACGUUGAGUAGAGCCACUCCCAUACCUGAAUACCUAAAACAGAUCCCUAAUUCAUGUGUUUCUGGUUGUUGCUGUGGCUGGUUAACUAAAACAGUUAAGGAAACAACCCGAACUGAACCCAUCAAUACUACUUACUCCUACACUGACUUCCAAAAGGCAGUUAACAAACUCCUAACUGCAUCACUGUAAACGUCCACCAUUUGUUCUGAUAUCUCUCAUAGAAAGUCACACACCCGACAGUUGAGACACUAAUGCCUUCUCAGCCAAACUAUGCCCUGUCCUAAUAAGCCCUUAAGCCCUACCAAGUACAGUAGUCCCAUAACUCAGCUGCAGAAAAUGCAUGGUGAGCAUCCCCUUUGAUAGACCCUGUAGAUAAAAUGAGAACUUUAGUAGAGAAUUAGAUAAAAGGGACCGUAUUAUAAAAAUUGACUGUUGUCCACACUCAGUUCUCUCCCCAAUUUAUUCUUCCUAUCUGAAUGGACUCUUAACUAGAUAUCUCAUUGCUAAUGGGAAGGAAGAAGCAGUGAACCCCUACCCCUUUUGUUACCUAACCUUCAGAACAGCCAGUGGGGAAAGUGGGGACUUAGCUACUCCCAAUAACACCUUUCUGAGCACACUCUUUUCUAACACUAAUUUCUGUGAGAUAGUUGAAUUAAAUUGAAUACCUAGACAAAAGAAAGUGGUGGGGCUAUGGAUUUACCUCCUGGCUUUUAUAUAGAUAGUCCUGCACACGGCACCCUUGAGAGUUCCUAUUUUGGGGGGAGGGAGUGCAGUUUCAAACCUAGCCCACACUACUUCAGACCAAUUAUAUUACCUGCAAUUACAGUAUAAACUUUUAUAUCACAGUCUCCCACCAGGCCGAAAAAAAUUGUAACUGGGGACUAAUCAGACACCUGUUCUGUAGGGAAGAUGUUUCCUGUAUCUUGGCAUUCAGACUUUAGUUAAGAGCAGAUCACAUUUGAAAAGCCCAGGGAAAAGAUGAAGAGCAUUUAUGCUUUCAAUAUUAACUGCUUGUAAAUUAAAAUAUUUCAUCUAUAUAAUGUUCCAGCAGUACUUUAUGCACUGUUUACGUCCAUUGCAAAUUUUUCUAACUUUAAAGAACUUCACUACUACAGAACAUCUCAGCCUAGUAACAGUCUGAAGUUACAGUUUUUUAGCAUCAUUGUUUUUCUGCAUAGAUUAGCUUUAGAUUUUCUUCUAGCUGAACAAGGAAGAGUAUGUACCCUUGUAAAUGAAUCUUGCUGCAUUUAAUUAGAUGAGUUAAAACGUAGAAAUCCUACAUAAAAGAAAAUGCAUGAGACCAUUAAAUCUUUUCACACACCUACAGUAGAGUGAAACCAGUGUGUGCCCCUGGUUGACUGGGCAUCUGAAGGGAAUCAGCAAAUAGAUUGUUAAAAAUAUAUCCUAUAUCCUCUUUUAGUUUUACUUUUUCCGAUUCUCCAUAAUUAAGUGCUGUAUAUGAUAUGGCAUCGAAACACUGAAGCAUUAAUGGAAUCACAAAUUCUGUACAUGUAUAGCAACUUUAAGGAGAGAGGAAAAUGUUUAUAAUCCAAUGAGUAUUUCUGCUGAGUCUUAGUUGUCUUAAGGAAAAGGGAGGGAACUGCAGUAGGUAGAAAAACUAUCUGUUAGUGGAAAAUUACUGAAUUGAAACAUAUACUGUUAGUGUAACUGAAUGUAUCAGAAACUGUUCUGUGUACAUGUUCUGUGAAACUGGGUUUUUAAAAUGUUAUAAGAACCUGUUUUUUGUUUUUGUUUUUUUUUUUGGAAGGGGGAGGUGGGAAGAGGUAGGGAGAUCUGAAAAUUAAAAGAUAUUGAUGUUUAUGUAACCAUAAUAUGUUCCUUUCCCAUGUGUGUACAUAAAAGUGCCUUGCUCAUGAAGCAUUUUUGCUAUUCACUCUAAAAGGAAGCCUUUCCCCAGCUUUGCAGCUGAAUAAACCAAUGGCUUUGUACAUGCUGAA